UAAAGAUGUCCUAACUAGCUUCCUGUUUGAUCAAAAUUUUGAGAAACCGUGAAGAACGUAAAUAGUCAAACACACAGCUGAAGUAACAUCAAAAGGUCAUGGCGUCCAGUAAGACCAUACAAUGUGGACCUUGUCAAGAAGGAAAAGUAAACACUAAAGCUGAAUUCUGGUGUUACAACUGUAAUGAAGGAUUGUGUUCAACAUGCUCUGGUCGUCAUAAAAGAUCUAAGAUAUCACGUGAUCAUAAAACUAUUGAUAUCAAAAGUAAUAAACCAUCCAUCAGAGUUAUCAAAACAGACUGUGACAAACAUGGUCAACAGCUCAACUUGUAUUGUCCCAGUCAUUUAAUGCCUUGCUGUGAUGAAUGUAUUUCCAUUAGUCAUUCAAAAUGUACUGGAAUAAAAAGUUUAGCAAAUGUAGUCGAGAAAAUUAAAAUUGAAAAGUCCACACAAUCUGUACAAAAACAAAUUGGCUCUAUAAAGCAUUGCCUAGACAAAUUGAUAAAUAACAAAUCAAAAAACAUUAAACGAUGUGAACAAGAACAUGAUAACAUAAAAGAAUUAAUCCUUAAAAUUCGCAAGGACAUAAAUAAACAUUUAACCCAUCUAGAGAAGAAGUUAUGCAAUGAAGCAGAUACUAUUUCGAAUCAGGAAAAGUUAAAAGCAAGAGAUUUAAUAACAGAAAUUGAAGGACAACAGACAAAGUUGAAGGAAAUGCAAGAACACUUACAUUCAGUCAUAUCAAGUAGUACAAAACUUCAAUCAUUUCUAGGUGUACACCAGAUUGAACAACAAGUACAUCAAUGUCAACAAUAUGUUGAAGAUCUGGAAAAAGAUAAGAGGGCCAGAGAAUUUGACAUUAAAAUGAAGCAAAAUAAUGAAAUAGAAAAGAUACUAAGCAAGUUAGGAUCACUAGAAUCCCUAGGAGAAGUGAUUGUUGAUAAAACAGAAAUAACCUUGAAUAGAGAAACAAGUGUGAGGAGGAAGGCACAAGUAGACUCACGAGAACAAUACAACAUAAAGAACAUGACAAUGAAUAUCGAGACAAAGAUAGAGAUCAACACAGAGAAGCGUACUAGUGACAUGAUUUUUCUGAUGGAUGGAAGAGUUAUAGUAGUGGAACAGUAUGGUAAGGUUAACCUAUUAACUUCUGAUGGCAAACUACAGAAACAGUUACCUAUACCAGGUGAAGCAUACAGUGUUACACAGAUCAAUCAGAACACUAUUGCCAUAACGUAUCCUGGUGAUGCCAUUAAGAUCUUCAAUAUGGAGGAUGAAACAGUUACCAAAGUUAUCACAUUAGACAAAACAUGCUGGGGAUUAUCAUUCUCCAAUAAUUCUCUGGCUGUAGGUUUGAGUAGUGAUGAAAUCCGUAUGAUAGACUUGGAAGGAAUAACACUGAAGUCAAUACAAGUUCAGAGUGAAUCACCCCUGUGGAACCUUGUUUACUGUAAUGACAGAGUAACCUAUAGUGACUGUGGUUGUAAUGCAGUAUACUGUUAUGAUGGAUCAGGUAAACAGAUCUGGCGAUAUAAACAGGAUUUAUCAUAUCCAAUGGGACUUUGUACAGAUACAUAUGGUAACAUUAUUGUAGCAGACUAUGACUCUGGUAGAAUAAUAGGAAUAGCAAAAGAUGGACAGAAUAGUAAAGUACUGAUUAGUGAAGAGGAUGAACUGGAAGGCCCUUGGUGUAUUUGUUUUAAACAUGAUGAGUCAUCAGGUCUUAUUUCUAAAGAAGAUGGCACAUACUUGGCUAAAAUCAAUUUAUCAUCUUAAUAAGAUGCUGAAUCUAAUGAUAUAACCUGACUUUGAUUCUACAACUUUUUAUAUAUAUUCAUUCAGCAUUUAACUGUACAUUCAGUCAAUUAAGUGGAGUCAGCAUGGUCAGUAUCAGUAAUUUGGGACCAUCGAGUGAACAUCUUAAUGUAAAUAAUUUUGUGUUGCACCAAUUGUUCAAAAUUACAAUGAUAAACAUAAAAUCAGUACAAAAAUUUGUUUGAUUCUUGUUUUUUUUUCUAUUUUUUGCUCAUUGUAAAUAAAUUUCAGGUUGUUUUAAACCGUUAUCACAAAUUGUAAAAUUGUUUUCGAACUUGUCCGAGACAUUGCUAAAAUAAACCUAUGAUAUAAGUUUCAUAAAAAUUUGGCAAGCAAUGUGCAGGUGCGAGCACUAACAAUGUAAUUUUCCAUAUAAUUAAUUUUUCCAAAGGGCAUAACUCUUUAUAAAAUACUUCAUUAGCACUGAUUUUCGAACUUGUCCAAGAUAUUGCUGAUAUAAACCUAUGAUAUAAGUUUCAUAAAAAUUUGUGUCCCGCGGGGGACAAUAACAACUAAUAAAUAAAUCUAUGUUCUCCCAGACUAAAGUAUCAAUCAGUAUACAUCUAAGGAUUUAGUGUAAAGAUGUCAUUAACAGUCUGAUAAAAAGCAUGACUUCGUAUAAUAUCUAAAUAUAAGUAGUAGUACAUAACAUCGACAGAAUAUAGGACCAUAAGCUUUCUUAAAUUCAUAGCAAUAUAUAUGUACUGUAGUUAUAUAUGUUUUGAUUUAUAAAAAAUGAAAUUUAGUACUAAUAAACAAAAUAUUCAAAGAUCUUACUAAGGUGUUAUAUUGAUAUUCCAUAAGAAUGCGUUUAUUCAAAUGAUCAAUAAGUUCACAUGGAUCUUAUCUUAAUUGACAGACUUUAUAAACAGCACUACAAUAAAAAUAAGGAUGUGAUAUCGCUUUUUGGUAAGAAUUCUACAGAAACUGUCAAACUUCCAAAUCAAAUAUUUGUACCUAUGACAUAAUUUAGUAAAUGUUUUAAUUAAUUUAAGGUUACUCAAUCCCCAUCUUAAUAAUGUACUGUAAUCUAUUGAAUUAUACUUUUGUGAUGCACAUUUAUGUAUUGUGCAAUGCUUUAAACAAUGUACUGUAGUGUAUUGCAUUAUCCUUUGAAAGAGGGUCUUCAGAAAUACUGUGAAGCUUUUAACUCGCGUAGUGGUAUUAACCAUAUUAGUAUUCUAAAAAAACUCUGAAGAACUUUUGGAUAAUUUUGAAUCUCUAUCUUUCUCUGAAAUUAAUUUUAUCAAAACUUUUGAUUUUUCAACCCUGUAUACCACCAUUUCCCAUGUGAAAUUGAAAAAUCGUCUAAAAGAAAUAAUCCACAAUGCUUUUCAAUACAAAAAUGGUAGCAUAAGCUAUACAUUUAUUACUUUGGGAUACCAUACGGCAUAUUUUGUAAAAUAGUGAUAAAAAAAGGUAAAACAUGCUACACAGAGGAACAAGUGAACAGUAUGCUGGAGUUUCUAAUUGACAACAUAUUUGGUGAAUUUGGAGGUAGACUUUUUCACCAAAUUGUCGGCAUUCCUAUGGAAACGAACUGUGCGCCUCUCCUUGCCGACCUCUUCUUGUUUUCGUAUGAGCCGGAGUUCUUUCAGACACUUGUCAAAAACAAGAAGAUGAAAGAAGCCAGAUCAUUUAAUUUCACAUUCAGAUAUAUUAAUGAUAUUGAUGAUGUUUUUUCCAUUAACAAUCCAAACUUUUCUGAUUGGGUUCCAUUAAUAUAUCCUCCAGAACUAUCCAGAACUAUCCAUUUGUAAAAUGUAUGCAUUUAUGUAUAAUUCUUUUAACCGAUUUUUCAAUAAAUACUAAGUGAAUUUUGAUACUUGAACUUCUAUAAGAACAUGUACUGUAAAAAAAGGAGAUGUAAGGUCAACAUCAGCAACAGAUUAAGUUCAGACAACACCAAAAAAAUAUAAUUGCUUUGUGACAACAAUCAUGACAAUAGAAUAGUGCAAUCUGAUAUUGCUACUAUUACUUAUUUAUUGUACUUGUGUGUUCAACUGUUUAUAUAAUAUAAUUUAUGAUGCAAUAAAAAAUCUAGUCCUUACAUUUGCUUUUAAUUCAAAAAACAUCUUGGUUUUAUUUAUCAUAAAAACGAUCUGCAUCAUUAAACUAACUCACAUACAAAAUAUUCAACAAAGGUGGUUCCUCAUGAAAGUGUAAUCAACCAUAAACCAAGAUACUCAUCUAGUAAAACAAUAAUAAUAAAUAAACCUGAAACUUACAUUUUCCCUUUUAUCUAAAAGUCAGCUUUGUUGUACUCAAAAUGAAGUGAUCUGGGUCUAUAAAGUAACUA